AAGUUGGCCUGUGGUGCAGGAAGAGGCAAUGAGAGACAGCAUACUAGGGUGGUUGAGAGCUUGGGUUCUGAGCUAAACCACAUGAUUUUGUAUCGUGGGUCCGCUUUUAUAUACAUCCUAGCUGUGUGACUUUGGGACCUGCCAAGUGUGUUCAAUAAAGGCACCCACUACCUGCGGGGCGGUAACAACGCGCGCCAGCCGUGGCACAACGCGGAGGGCCGGCUGCGGUACGGGCUACGCCCGGCGAACCCCACGAGGAGGGCCUAGCCACCCUGCACAGCGUGCUGCUCCGCAAGCAGCCGUUCCUGUGUCGCGCUGUGCCGCUCUACUACACCAGCCGCCACGCUGUGCACAUGUCCUUCCGCCAGCUCUUCCAGGACCUGGCCCGCUACAUGCGGGACGCCGACGUGCGCUGGGAGUACUGCGCGCGCGCCAAGCGCGGCCAGACAGACACCCCGCUGCCAGGUGGUUUCAGCAAGGACCAGGUGUACCUGAACGGCAUCCUGUGCAUUCUGGGACAUCGCCAGACCAUCGAUUUCCCGCUGCUGACCUCACCGGGCAAGGUGUCCUAUGAGGAUGUGGACCACCUGCGGCCCCAUGGGGCGCUGGAUAAUACCCGGGUGCCCCACCUUAUGCAGGACUUGGCACGCUACCGGCAGCAGCUGGAGCACAUCAUGGCCACCAACCGGCUGGAUGAGGCGGAGCUGGGUCGCCUGCUGCCCGACUGAUGUAGGUUGAGGGCUGCAGACAGAGGCCCUGGACAGAAGCUCCAGAUACGCGCCCAGAACAUGAAGCUGUUUGCUCUGUGCUUCCACGGCCUGGGUGUUUCUUGGAGGGUGUUGGGAGGGCAGGAGCAUUCCUUGAGAAGGAGUGGCAACAUCAAAGGGUUUGUGUCCCUUGCUAGCUUCCCUGGGGCCUGGGGACCUGCAACAGCAUGUCUGGCAAACUGAGUCGCCCUCCUGCCUCCAGCUCUCUGUUGAGCAGAGGGAAGGCAUGGGGGCAGGAAGGGAGCUGAGCAUUGAUGGGGAUGAGGGUGGUUUGGGAAUAGAAACUUGUUCUUGCAUGAGAUGGCUUUGGUUGUCCCGGUACUCCAGUCUUUCCCUUCCCUCACCUGUCCCCUUGGUGCUCCUUCAGCAUUCGUGCUGUCUGCCUCUCACUGGGUCCUGGUGGGGGUCGGGAUCCCUUCUUCUGGGGUGAUUGAUGGCCUGAGCCUGAGGUCUGGUAGUAGAGACCCAGCUGGUUUGGGGUGUGCUUUCCAACAUUUUGCCUCUCUCACUGGUCAUGUAUUUAUUCCAUAUUUAUAUGGUCUACUUCCUGUAGCUGGGAGCAGCAGCUCCUGAAGGUUCCAUGGCAGGGAACAAGACACUCCUUCUGGAAGGUACUGAUUUUCCUAGCCCCACUCCCAUUACAUGCACACCUCCCCCACCCCCCACACACAUACAGUGAUUCAGGCCUUGUGAAUCAAGCCCAAGAGCUCCCUUGGCCCUGUCCCCACUCCCUCCACUGGCCUCUGCUUUUCCUGUCUUUGCCCACACCCUCACAGCUGGUCUCUGGCAGAGGCUGGCAUAGCCUAGGAGCAGCUGCAGUUGUGCCUGAGGGACAGGCCCUAGAGUUUAGUGGCCCAAGUCCUAAACCCCUCCUGGACCAGGUGAGGUGCAGAGCGCCUUUUGUAUAAGUUACUGAUCAGAAUCCUCACUGAGCUCCCAGUCCAGAGGGAAGCCAGACAAUUAAAACAGUAAUGACAAAAAAAAAAGAAAAAAGAAAAAAAGGGAUAAGAAGCCUGACAUAUAAAUAGCAUGAAUUGAUAAGAACAAACAACCCGACUGAACGAUGUGGGAAAAUGCUAAGUGUUUAAAUCCUAGACUUGAAAAGAAAAAAUCGCCAACAAAAUGUGAAAUAAAAAUGCUCAGUUUAAUUACUUAAGAAUUCAACUACAUUCAAAUGAAAAUAAAAGCCAU